AUGUCAUCACAAGAGCCCACAAUAUCCAAUUUUCUAAACGGAAAACCGUCGAUUGCACCUGUCGAACAGUCGGCUCUUCUUUCAAGAUUACGAACAUUCCUUCCACAACUGGCACAAGCCAACGAAAACAUGCCCGCAGAAUCUACAGCAGACGCGUUUCAAAUCGAAAACGUCGAAGAGGAAUCGUCAGAUGACAGCUCCGACGACGACUCGGACGCAGAAGACGUGGCAGAAGAAUCUACAGAGAAAGCAGAAGUUUCGCAACGAAUUGAAAUCGAUUUAGACGUUUUCAAAGAGAAAAACAGUACGGUUGAUGGUCGUGACGUCAGUGUUCAGAAUGUCGAAUCUCUUCCUGUCGCUUUUCAGUCAAAACCCGAAGAAUCGCCGAAAAAACCGCUGAUCGAAGAAUUAUGA